CCGUCUCAGUUGUCGGUGAGGCCGGCUGGGCGGAUCCUCAGUAUUGAAAGAGAAAAUAAAGUAACACAAUAAAAAAAAGGAAAUUACCUUGGCUAUUGCAUUUCUCUCGUGAAUAAGUUCCCCCCGUGGAUACAUAGAGCAUAAAGAUGCCCUCAGCAAUGAAUGGUAACAGGACAGUGCAGUCGGCCAGCCCAGAUGUGGGAUCUGCUCCUGGACAGAUCACCCUGGGCGGAGGGCAGUCCUCUGGGGCCCAGACCGAGGCAAUGAAGCAAGUCCUGGGCGUCGUCGACAAGAAAGUCCGGAACAUGGAGAAGAAAAAGGGCAAGCUGGACGAUUAUCAAUCUAAGAAGAAUAAAGGGGAACGUCUCAACCAGGACCAACUGGAUGCCCUGACCAAGUAUCAGGAAGUGACUAAUAACCUGGAGUUUGCCAGGGAGUUACAGAAGAGCUUCCUGUCACUGGGACAAGAUAUCCAGAAGGCGGUGAAGAAGGCAGCGAGACGGGAACAGCUCCAGAGAGAAGAGUCUGAGCAGAAGAGGCUGAAAACUGUCCUGGAGCUCCAGUUUCUCCUGGACAGACUUGGAGAGGACAGUGUGAGGCAGGAGCUGAGACAGGGAGCUACCAGUGUAGACACACCCUCACUCCUCACCGACACGGAGCUCGCUGCCCUGGACGAGCUCUAUAAACUAGUGAGACCAGAACCAGACCAAAACACCAGGUUUACUGACCAGUACGAGGAGGCUUCUCAACACCUCAUGGAUCUGUUGGAGGCGAAGGACAAAGCUGUGGCAGGAACUACGUACAAAGCUCUGAAGGACAGCCUGGACCGAGUGCUGCUAAGCGGGUGCUUUGACCAAGCCCAGUCUCACCAGAAUGGAGUGUGUGAGGAGACCGAGGAGAAGGCGGUCGCUCUAGUGGAGGAGACCGAGGAGCAGGCCGUCGACCCAGAGGGCGAAAUAGUUGAAGAGUACAUAGAGCCCAUUGAGGUGGAAGCUACAGAGUUCGUUAACAGACAAUUCAUUCUAGACACCACAUACAGCGACAAGGAGCAAGGAGAUGAGUGGACCACUGAAACAGAGGCGGUGAGUACCAUCCUGCAACAGCCUGUACAGUCGGCCCCUCCCCCUAUCACCACAGAGGCCCAACCCCUGAACGGGGCCACGCCCCCAGACACACCCCCUGCAGACCCGGUGGUCAGGAAGCAGGAGGUCCAGAACCUCUUGUCACAGAUGCAGGGGCCUUACAACUUCAUGCAGGACUCAAUGCUGGAGUUUGAUGGGCAGCCCAUCGACCCAGCCAUCGUAUCGGCCCAGCCCAUCGACCCAGCCAUCGUAUCGGCCCAGCCCAUGAAGCCUCCAACACAGAACAUAGACCUGCCUCAGAUGGACUGUCCACCAGUCCACCCAGAUUCCUGCCUCUCACCACACACUGUUCCUGUACAGCCUGAGCCCACACAAGUCCCCGUGGUGCCCGCCACGCCUGAGGUCUACUCCACGCCGCCUCCCAUGUACCACUCAUCACACACGGUAGAAUCCCGACCACAGACGGACUCCAUCGACACCAUCCAGGUGUCCCUGUCGUCAGAGCAGCCCCCUGCCUCCUCUCAGACCCAGCAGGUCUUCCAGCCUGUCAACGGCCCCAAACCCCCACACAGCUCUGGCAUCAAUGUCAACGCAGCACCAUUCCAGUCCAUGCAGACAGUAUUCAACCUCAACGCCCCUGUCCCGCCAGCCAAUGAGACGGAAGCCUUGACCCAGGCCAGCCAAUACCAGAACAGCUACAGCCAACAGGGCUUCAGCAGCCAAUCACAGCAGCUCCCUGUGGAGCAGACGGAGAUGCAGACGGAGCAGCUGCAGUCUGUGGUUGGUGCCUUCCACUCCCAGGACUUGUCCCUGCCCAGCCAGGACUUGUCCCUGACCAGCCAGGACUUGUCCCUGCCCAGCCAGGACUUGUCCCUGCCCAGCCAGGACUUGUCCCUGCCCAGCCAGGACUUGUCCCAGGGGCAGCAGCUCAGCCAGCAGGGUCCAGGGUUUGGCCCUGGGGCCAGUCGCCAGGCCCAGUCCUUCUACAACAGCAGAGGCAUGACCCGCGGAGGACCACGUAAUGCCCGUGGCCUGGCCAACGGAUACAGAGGUUAUGACAGUUACCGGCCUCCCUUCACCAACACUCCUAACUCUGGAUACCAACAGGCCCAGUUCAACACACCUCGGGACUACUCCAACGGUGGCAACUACCAACGGGGGGAAGGAUAUAAUCAGAACUACAAACGUGGAGCGGGUCAGGGACCCAGAGGUGUGUCUCGAGGAGGCAAUGCCCAGGCCAUGAAGUCCUGAUCGGGCCUGUUUGACUGACUCUGACUGCUGGUUCCAAUUCACUCCUUGUCCUUGGCCCUGGCCCUAACAUUUCAAUGUUUUCAGAUCUAAGGGACCACACACACACACACACCGUACUGAAUGUUGAUCUGCUGUUUGUUAAGCGACCACCUGAUCGCUGGUGGACGUGACAUUUUGGUGCGAUUCUACGUGUAAAAUCUGUUUGCAGUCGGCACUCUGUUCAGAGGUGUUAAGACCUCUAGAAAAAGCUACUGGUCUGUCUGAGCCUUAAAACGUCUGGAGACGUAAAACAGGUGUAGUGGUAGACUGAGGUCUCUCUUUUUUUGUCCUGAGUGGGACAAGGAUGCAACAAUCGCAUGUGGAGUUUCCACCAUGUUGCGUCUUACAGAUCUGUAAAAACAAUGUAAGGGUCCAAGGUGGUGGGGGGGGGGGGGUGUAAGGAGCGAAUUGGGACAGGUUUUGACUGAGCGACAACAUGCCAUGCCACACUUAUUCAAGAUAUCCAGAAUGCAGUUUGCCCCCACCUCACUUUUUAUUUGACCAUGUGGUGUUACUCAUCAGUUUUUUUUUCUGGCUUUUGGAUCAAAGUCAUGCCUGCUUUGACAUUUAAUAAUAAAAAAUUAAAAAGA